ACCAAGUCUACAGCGGCUUGGCUCGGCACAGCCUAGUGGCUGUCUACUUGCUUUCUUCUAGAAAAUGCAGACCCUGUUACCCCCAUAUUACUAAAACAUAGCUCCGGUGGGCGGCCGUAGCGGUGGAGGCGAGCAACACAAGCGAUUACUUGUCGUUGGGAUGACGAACCGGCCUCAUCCAGAAGUCCUCGCAGCCAUACUAGCUUAGCACCAUGCGCUAUCAACUACAGAUGACGCCCCCCUGGCGUUUAUCUGUUUUCCUGGUCGCGUACUAACCAGCUUGGGCAGGCUGUAAUGGCUAAAGACGAUGCCGAGUUUAGCCAUCUUAUACAUCAGACGGGCGAUGAGAAGAUGCCGCUACGGAGGUGGGUGUAUGUGGUUUCUGUCGUGGCUAAAAGGGAAUGCUUCGCAGUUGUCAUUUUCCCACAUUUUCGGCAGUUCCCCAGACUGUCAUAUUCGCCCCCUAUUACCGGUGACCCAGUGGCCCAGUGUAAGGGCACGCUCUCAAAAUCACCUACUGUUUUGGGACAUGACAGUUUCCAAUACAACGCAGUAAUCACUCGCUGCCCCUCUCCUCAUACACCAUCUCCUUCCUCAUCUGUACCUAGUUUCGAGUGCUGUAGCGCUAUCAUGCUGUGGGGGAGACAAGUCAGCAAACCACAUCCCAGGUAUCUUCGUUUGUCGAAUGACCAGACGUCUGCGUUUGCCCAGUCUGUGCCAGAUAGAUUGCUUCACAGCCGGAUAGGGCGGCGCGCUAGUCUUGCCCUUUGAGGCGGCUAUAAUCGGGACGCAGAUUCUAUUUCUGUAUAAGGAAGGCUGCUAGUCCUUGCUUGGCCAAGUGAUGUAGAAGCAGCGAGAUCGUGGGUGCGACGACGGGGAUCAGGCUGUUCUCAUUAUGACGGAGGUCGUGGAAAAUUAUAAAGACACCAUGCCUCCCUAGGCUAUCAUGAAAAGACUCUUGGUGACAUUACAUCAACCAGUUUAUUCAUCAUUCCAUUGUCCCGUUCUAUUCGCAGACCAAGAUGCACUUCUCUACUAUCAUUCCUUCACUCUUCGCCGCCCUGGCUGCUGCUACUCCCUCGGGUAUGGCGGAGAGGCGCACUCUUCACAAGCGUGAUUACUACUCUGGCAACUGGUGUGGUCAAGUUCUCAGCGGAAGCAACUUUACUGAAGUUGAUGCCACCUGGGUCAUGCCAAAGUCCACUCCCACCAAAACCAACCUCGCCAACCAGCCUAUUUACAACUAUCAGUGGGUUGGAAUUGACGGCGCCUCUUCCGACUGCCAAACUAUCCUUCAAGCUGGUACCUAUUACACUCUGAUUAACAAUCAGCCAGCAUAUGGCUUCUGGUACGAGUUUUACCCCGACAACUCUUGGUUACUUUCGGAGCCGACAGUGAACCCUGGUGACUCCGUCUAUGUCAAAGUUACGGCUACCUCGACAACCACUGGCAACGUCUACAUGAAGAACCUUUCUACUGGAAAAGACUUUUCUUACGAUAUGACGGCUCCUUCUGGUUCCCAGCUUUGCCAGUCGACGGCUGAAUGGAUCCAGGAAAACUCUGGUGGUAACCAGAAGCAAUUCGCUCCAUUCUCUACUUUUAGCUUCACCAAUACCCAUGCUACUGAUGGUAAUGGAGUCAACUACAGCCUGACUGGCUCUGAAAAAUGGAUCAUGGAGCCCGGCACACAGGUGCUCUGCACGCCCUCUGCCCUGACCAGCAACUCGGUCAAGAUCAGCUACACGGGUCCUACAAACUAAGUUCUCGUUACUUGCUAACUUUCUAUCAUGCCAGCUAUACUGACUGUCAGAUUUAAUGAGAGCUACUGGUAUUUUAUGGCCAAGUGAGCCAUGGAACGGACACAGAGCAUCGAAGUAGCUGAUUUUUUCCUUUACAUACCAUACAAACUUUUCUUCCCAUGAUUGUCUUCCUAUGUACUUUUUAGUACGGCAUAUUGUGGUGUUCGGCGUUAUCUACUACUCUACAACUCAUAUCUACACAUAAACAGACAUGAACAGAUUUUGCUUCACCACGUCAUAGUCGUGGGCUCGUCUCGGGGCAAUCAGCGCCGACUCGUAGCGUUGCUACCCUCAUCCUGAUAGCCCUGAUAAGUAACAUGUAACAAUGGUGGUUGCAAUCGGGCCGCUAACACGCUACGGCACUUCGCUUCGGGGCUCCCUUUGCUCCACAGCCCCAUCAACUUGACCUGCUUGGCUUGAAAGCCUCGGUCCGCCACGGCUGCGCAGCACAGACCUCGCCACGUUUGGCGCUGC